UUUUAAACCAUUAAUCUCUUUUUCCAUCUCUUUUCUCUAGAUUUUCGUUUUCUUCUCCUAGGCUUUCAAAUCUUCUCUUCAGUUCUGGAUUUUCAAUCCAAUUAAAGUAUUUAAUUACUUUUUAGAGCAAAUAAAAAAACCCUAAAUUCACAACGAAAUUUGAAAAAGAGCAAGCAAUUGAAAAUUACAAAAAUAUGUCGAGAUUCAGAGAUCGGACUGAAGAUUUCAAAGACGCUGUACGGCAAUCUGCAAUUUCAUCAGGUUUCAACGAGUCUAAAUUAGCAGCAAUUAUGGCGUCUUUCAUAAUCCAUAAACCACGGCAAAGGACGCCCUUUCUUAAAUCUGCACUCAAAACGUUGGAGAGUAUCGGAGCUUUGGAUCAGUUCUUGUUAAAGCACCGUAAAGAUUACGUGGAUCGUCACCGAACAACUGAGCAAGAAAGGGACAGCAUUGAACAUGAAGUUACUGCUUUUGUUAAAGCUUGCAAAGAACAAAUUGAUGUUCUCAAAAAUUGUAUAAAUGAUGAAGAGGCAAGCUCGAAGGGGUGGCUUGGGAUUAGGGAUUCCUCGAAUGCUGAUACGAUAGCGCACAAACAUGGAGUGGUACUAAUUUUGAGUGAGAAACUUCAUUCGGUCACGGCACAGUUUGAUCAGAUGAGAGCUGUUCGUUUCCAAGAAGCUAUCAAUAGAGCAAUGCCAAGAAGAAAACUUAAGAAGGUUGUUGACUCAAAUUCUAUAGAUACCUCUAAACCAUUGAACUUGGAGCACAGAGAGACCUAUGAGAAUCAACCUGAACCUCUUAGAGUCCAACAGGAAUUACUGGACGAUGAAACCCGUGCUCUUCAGGUCGAGUUGACUAGUCUUCUAGACGCUGUUCAGGACACCGAAACUAAAAUGGUGGAGAUGUCUGCACUAAAUCAUCUCAUGUCCACACAUGUUCUGCAGCAAGCUCAACAGAUAGAACAUCUUUAUGAUCAGGCCGUUGAAGCAACAAAAAACGUAGAGCUUGGUAACAAAGAGCUUUCACAAGCUAUCCAAAGGAACCGCAGUAGCCGGACCUUUCUAGUGCUUUUCUUCUUUGUUCUUACCUUUUCAAUCUUGUUUCUUGACUGGUAUAACUAAAAACAAAAUUGUACUUUUUUUACCAUUUUAAAUUUUUAAUA